CCGGCCCGGCCCCGCCUAGAUGGCGGCCGGAAAGAAGGCGCCUCUAUGGGGCUGACCUGCUCUCCUCCCAUCAGCCACCGCGCCGGGCUCAGCACCCCCACCCCCGCCCCUCGGUCUCUCCCCUCCCCUCCCUUCCCCUCCCGGCCGGUGGCGGCAGCGGCGGAAGCAGCAGCUGCCUGAGGUGGGGCGCCGCGGCCCGGCGAUGUGAGGAUCCUCCGCCAGAGCCGCCCCCUCCCCCAGUCAGUCAGGGAGGAAGUGAGCGAGCCCGCCUGCCGCGGCCUCUCCACACGCGCAGCACGUUACAAAAUGGCAGAAUUGUUUAUGGAAUGUGAGGAGGAGGAGCUAGAACCGUGGCAAAGGAGAGUGAAAGAAGUUGAGGAAGAUGAUGAUGAUGAUGAUGAGCCCAUCUUUGUUGGGGAGAUUUCAAGCUCCAAACCCACCAGUACAUAUAUAUUGAACAGAGUCAACCUGAGCUCAUCGCGAACGGGAAUGCAGAAUGGUGCACCCAGUAGAGGUACAGUUACUACAUUCAAGCCUGGUAGUCAACACUAUGCGACUCCUGCCUCCAGUCCUGGUACCGUGCCUGUUUCUUCAGUCUUUCAGUCUGUAUCAAGACCUACAACUAGCUCUGUGACAGGUCAACCGUUGUCUAGACCAAUGAAUGUUUCAGGAACCUCACAAACACUGCAGAGACCUGGUGCUGGAUGUUUGUCAACACAGCAGAUACCUAGAUCAAGUUCUGGAAUAUCACAACCUGUUAGCAGACCUGUAACGAUUCCAGUAACAACACAGCCAGUAUCAAGAAAUACCACAAUUCCUGAAAUGACUCAGCCUGUACCUAGGCCAGUGGCUACAGUAACAACACAACCUGUAAUAUUAAAUCAGGGCUAUGUUAUGAGUUCUCCACAAGCUGUACCAAAUAAUACGCCUGGGAUAUUGUUUGGCUUGAGACAGAACUCAGGAACUCCACAGUAUCAGAGUGGAACAGAAAUAAAUAUAACAGGUCUGAAUGAGAGUGUUUUUGUAUCUAAGCGUCCUGCUGCUUCCGAAGGCAACAAUGUUACUCCAAAAAAGGCCAAGCCUAAUGAGGUUGGUGCUGGAAGCAAUUCAGCUGUAUCACCUUCAGUUAAAUCUCCAACAGUAACACCAUCUCAAAAUGUAUCUUCAAAAGAUACUAACACUACAUCAAGCAGUGUUAAAAAUGGUGCACCAUUUCCACGAGCUUGUCCACAGUGCAAUAUUCAUUUUAAUCUUAUGGAUCCUUUAAAAAACCACAUGAAGUAUUGCUGUCCAGAUAUGAUAAAUAAUUUCUUUCCGGGAAUUACCAAAACGGAAUGUUCACCAAGUAAGACUCCUGAAUCUGAGAAAGGAAAAUUGAUUAUGUUAGUUAAUGACUUUUAUUAUGGAAAACAUGAAGGUGAUGUCCAGCAGGUACAACAGGAACAGAAGACUCAUACAACUUUUAAGUGCUUCAGCUGUUUGAAAGUUCUUAAAAAUAACAUAAGGUUUAUGAACCACAUGAAACAUCACUUAGAGCUUGAGAAGCAGAGCAGUGAAAGUUGGGAAAGCCACACCACCUGUCAACACUGUUAUCGUCAGUUUCCCACACCCUUCCAGCUGCAGUGCCACAUUGAAAGUACACACACCCCUUACGAAUCUUCUACUAUUUGUAAAAUAUGUGAAUUAUCCUUUGAAACUGAGCAAGUUCUUUUGCAACAUAUGAAGGACAAUCAUAAGCCAGGUGAAAUGCCAUACGUUUGCCAGGUGUGCAAUUAUAGAUCCUCAGCUUUUUCAGAUGUAGAAACCCAUUUUAGAACUGUUCAUGAAAACACAAAACAUUUGCUGUGUCCAUUUUGUCUCAAAGUGAUAAAAAUUGGAGCUCCAUACAUGCAUCAUUAUAUGAAGCAUCAGAAAAAAGGAAUAUACCGUUGUACUAAGUGCAGACUGCAGUUUUUGACAUGCAAAGAGAAAAUGGAUCACAAGACUCAGCAUCAUCGGACAUUUAGAAAACCUAAGCAAUUAGAAGGAUUGCCUCCCGGAACUAAAGUUACUAUUCGAGCUUCUGUUGGACCUCUUCAGUCUGGAUCAUCUGCUACAUCUUCAGUUAGCACAAGCACUUCCACAUUUCAGUUGUCUCCUAAAACUAAAAAUACAAACACUAAAAAUCAUAACAAAUCUAAUUCAAAUAAAACAAAGUCAAAAUCAAAACCGUCAACUAUACCGAAGAAGCAAAACACAUGGACCAACAGUAGCAACACCAGCAAAAAAAAAAAUAAAGUUGCAAAUACAGCAUUGUAUAAUCUAAGGUAUCGUUUAGGAGUUCAUAAAUGCAUUGAGUGUUACUCAGAAAUAAAAGAUUUUGCAAGUCAUUUUCCAACUUACGUCCAUUGUAGCUUAUGCAGAUAUAAUACUAGCUGUAGCAAAGCCUAUGUGAAUCAUAUGAUGAGUUUUCACAGUGCUCGUCCAAGUAAAAGAUUUUGGAUCUAUAAAAAACAUUCAGAAGUGCUGAGGGGUGUGACUGUAGUAUGUCUUAAUUGUGAUUUCCUAACUGAUGUUUCUGGCUUAGAUAACAUGGCCACGCAUUUGAGUGAAAGCCAUACUCACACUUGCCAAGUUAUUAUAGAGAAUGUUUCCCUAGGUUGCCCAACUGCUGAGCAUGUAUCUGAGUUAAAGACUGAAAUCUCCAUUAGAGAGAGAGAAGCUAAAUCUGAGAAAAAAUCAAGAUCUAGUUUAUCUGAAGGAAAAACAGAAACAUCAACUUUUGAAAGCAGCCAAGCAAAUGACACUUCAAAGGAAGCAAAAGAAUGCAAUGGAAAUCAAAGUAAAAGAGGCUCAUCAGUGGAAAAGAUUGAAGAAAAUACAUCAGUGUCAAAUACGGAAGAUGCCUCCAAUGUAGUGCUCCAGGACACUUGCUUAAAGAACUCGGCAUGUGAGGGAAGACCAUGUUGUGAUUCAGAAAACAGUGAUCAAGUAAUAGGAGAAAAACAAAAGCAUACUUGUGAUACAACUGAACUUAAAACUUCUCCAAGUUCAGAAAAUGCCAUCUUGAAUGAACAGAAUAAAGAGGAUAGCUUGGUUGAAACUACAAUUUCAACAGUGAACACCAAGGACUUAAAACUGACAUUGGGUGAAGACGUUAGUUUUGAGCAGUUUUUAAGAAAAAGAGAUGAACCUGAAUCUAUUAGUUCUGACAUUAGCGAACAAGGCAGUAUUCAUUUGGAGCCUUUGACUCCCUCAGAGGUACUAGAGCAUGAAGCUACAGAAAUACUUCAGAAAGGUAAUGUUACAUCUUCAUCAAAGAAAACUGGACUGGUUUCUGAACAAACGGAUGACUUUUCUAAAGGAAGCAGUCCCAGCAGUGUAGAAACAACUGUAAACCAGACAGAUGAGAAUGAAGAAAGCUGAAAAUAUAGAUUAACCUUUAUUCAGCUUUAAUAUAAAUAAUGGUAACAAUGCCUUGGGCCAUUCUUGAUGGGUAUGCUCAUUGAUGAUGAUCAGAGUAUUGAGAUAGAAAAAGAAGAGAUCAAUUUUUGGGUUUGUUUUUUUUUAUGAAGAAGGCAGUUUAUACAAAUAUACAACCUAGAUUACUGAAUUUCUAAAUGUAUAAAGUAUAGCAUGUAUUCACAUGUAUCCGAAAGAUUGGAAGAGACACUCAAAAAUGGAAACAACACAUUUUUUCCGGUGAUAUUUCCUAGGGUAAGGUGAUGGUGAUCUGCUGUUAGCCAAGAAGAAAAGAUGAGAUAGUCCCCAUGCAGGAAUCCUUUUAACAGCAAGGUUUUAAGUAAAUGAGAUUGUAGUGCUGAAAUAGAGCAUGCUCACACAAUGGUGCAUUGGUCUACUGAGAGUUUGGAUAAACAUAAACCCACUUUGGAUUUGACGUCACAUUCCUGUCUGUCAAAGCAUGUAGCCAGAACUGUAUGAAUCUAUGCACCUCUGUACAGGUGCAAUUCUGCCAGGCUGUAAGCUUAUCUUAAUUAAACUUUCAGUGAAAGUGGAAUUAUUACAAUAUAAAUAUAUAUUUGUGGAUUUUUCAGUGUGCAAGCUGUGCAGAAAUACCUGACGUACUCAUUGUAUAAAGUAGGACAUACUGCUCAAAGUACUGUAGCUGUUAGGCCAUUACUGUUGUUUUAAUGAUUUUAAUUAGUGGUAGACCCAUAAGAGUGGCCUGUAAGUCAAACCAAAGUAUGGUUUAAUGUAGAAACUUAAAUGAAAUGAACUGGAAACAGACUGGCAUGUAUUCUGCCACUUUUGCAGCUGCUACUUGCUAACUGUUACAAAAAUCAAGGGCAUAUAAAGCAGAGAUGUACAAUUUGAUUUCAGGACAUUUUGUAGUCUAACUUAUGUACAAGAAUAUGGCUGCUGAAAAACAUUUUUUGGGGUUUUUUUGCUAUGUAGCUAGCAGCAAGGUAUUGGAAUGCAUAAUAUGAUUAACAGUAGCUUGCUCUGAAAUAUUAACAAACUUAAUUAAAAUGCUCCUUUUGAAUCCUUUAGAAUGCUUUGACUUUCAGUUUUGUUUUUAAUGAAUGUUAAAUGUUUUGAACAGCUAUUAAACACUGCUGUAAAUAUUACUUUUUGAGUAAAUAUUUGCAACAAAA